AUGAUUAACCAGCUUUGUGCCUGUAGAUUUUAUGCAGCCAUGUUACUGACAAGAUACAAAGCAAUUCUGUUCCUGCAAUAUGUUUUAUUGGUUGCUGACUUUUUUUUUAAUAUAUCAGUAGAAUUACUUCGCAUGGAAAAUGUUGUUUUACUCAUCGUCUAUAUACUGCAAGCCAUUGGCAUUGUAUUUGCUCUGAUUGUGGUGUUCCUCCUGUUUUUCUACACAUACAUCUUCCAAGCUGGUUUGGUCAGCAUUUUAGUCAAAAAGUUCCGAGUAUCAAUUACUGUCACAUUUGUCUAUCUUGUUCUUUGUGUGACUCUGCAUGGAUGGGCUCUGAAACUACGGUGGGAUAACCCUCAAGCAUAUAUAUGGGAUGUCAAGGGAAUACAAAUAUUGUAUAUAUUUCAACGAUGUAGUGCUAUACUCUAUUAUUAUUUUUAUAAAAGAACAGCCCUUAAACUGGGAGACCCUAAAUUCUACCAAGAAUCUGAGUGGUUGAGAGAUGAAUUUGAAAAGCGCCGAUGA